GUUUGAUGAAGAAAAACAUACAAGCCCAGUGCAAUGAAAACAAGCAUCCAGGCGUACAAGAUGAAAUGCUGGCAGCGGUCUCUAUUCAUACGUCCAUCUAUUAUGCAAUCCUUUAUAUGACAGUCACUGAUUCAUUAAUUAGAGGCUAAUUGUAUACAUAAGUCAAUUUGUUGCAUUUGUUAUCUUACAAUCUGCAUGUGUAGGAACAGAUGUAAGAUAUCCAUCGACGGCUGAUGAAACUGCUGAUUGGCUUCAUCGCAAUGACUCCUAUGUCCAAGAAUUCAGCCGGCCGAUAGAGGUGCCAGAAGGGUAUCGAGGCACUACCACACUUGGAGACAUGACAAUCAGUACUACCAACGCGAGUCAUAUUUCAGAUGUCCGCCAAGGUACUAUUGAUAUAUGGGCUUAGAUGAUAGCAUUCCCAACAAGAAUGAUGGGACAGGUUCUUAGAUUGCAACUGGUGAAACUCAUCUGGUUUGUCCUAACGAACGCCGGCAUGAGAAGGCUAGAGCUCGGAGGGAGGCAAUGACCGCCGAACAGAGGGAACUGAUUAAUAAGUGUCGUCAAGACACAUACCAUGCAAAAAAAGUGAAUAGGCCCCAGUUGUCUGCAGAACAGAAGAAGGCUAAUGUUAAGGGGUCGAAAAGAGAAUAUAAACGUAGAAUGAAAGAGUUCAGAGCCAACAACUUACACCCCGAUUCUAUAGCUAUGGCAAACCCUCAAUUCGUGCCCGAACUUAUAUUUCCAAACCCCAUUGAACCCCUGACCAUUGUGAGUGAAUUGGUUAUUCCGAAAUUUAGCGGAUCACCUAUUUACAUCCCAGCGUUAGUUGAACAGAUACCAGAUGUUCAGGGCAUGGAGUCUGGUGUUGGACGCAGUCUACCUAGACGCCGUGUGGUUGCUAUUGAGAGAAAUGCACUCCGGAAUCAAAGAAAUAUGGAGUUCCAUGCAACCAUUUGGAAAAAUCAAAGUUGUAGGUAUGAUGUGGAUAGGUGUGGCAAUCAGCUGUCAACAGAAUCUUGUGAGGAAGGACAUCAAGACGGAUUAUAUGGAGCUGGUUAAGACUCAAGAUCAUGAAGAAAUCGAUAUUGGUGGAUCUACUCCUAAGGUCAGUAGCUGGAUGGCAUCAUAGUCAUAGCCAAUCUGCACCAAUCCUGAUGAUGGGGAUGAGGACGUUAUUUUGGAGGAGGAUGACGAAGAAGAUGAGAGUUACCUUUUCGCCGGUCUUGGUAUUGGCAAAACAUAAGUCAUGCAAUUGGAAAAAAGUUUUGACUUCAACUAGAAUGGAAUACCAAUGGAUUUUAAUAUAUGUACAGAUGGUGAAAAAUCCGACGAUGAUGCCGAUGUUACUUUGUGUGGAGAUGAUGCUGAUGUGUCGGAUGUAAUUGAUCCCUUCGGCAAAGUGUUUGAAAACAUACCAUUUGAGACGCAUAUGAUUGAGCCAGUUGAUAACUGUGAACACCUCAACGUAAAGAAAUUUCAGUUCAAGCCACCUGGAUUUUGUUGCCGCAGUGGGAAGAUACAUUUAUCAUCCCCUGACACACCACCUAAACUCAUGAGGCUUUGGUCAAUACUCUGAUGCUGUGUAACACUCUGAGACGUCGAGCCACAGGAGCAGUACCAGGAGCAGCCGUUUUCCGAGCAGUUCGAGCAGCAGCUGGGAGAGUACGAGGAAGACCGGUCCGGUUCACGGGUCUGCCUGGCCCCGACCCCGAGCGAAUUUUGCUGCCCCCGGACUUUAGCAGGACCGGUUCACGGCCCGAAUUGAUUCCCUGCCGUGGUUCUGCCGCACGCCGUUGCACCCCCCCACGCGAUUAGCGUGCAGGCCGAUCUAAUACGGCCAGUUGCGGCGAUUGGCGGCGAUUGCCCGGAGACGAUGACGGACCUCAGGCUUCGCGACUCCUUGGUGACGGAAGGCUACAUGGAGGAAGGACCUGCCCUCACGCAGGAUGCCAUGGCAAUGGAGGAAGGACCUGCCCUCGCGCAGGAUGCCAUCGCAAUGGCGGAAGAAGGCCAUCUAGCAUCUGAUGACAACACAGGUGCUGCCCUUGCACCGUCCAUGGAGCAUGCUGAUGGCAUUGCCCUUGCACAGUCAUCGGAUAACACUAAUAUCGAGCCAUCAACAGCUGUAAAUUUUUUAGUAACCCCAACACGAAGAUCAUCUUCUCAUCUUAUUCGUUCGUCAUUUAUUCCUGAGGUUGAGGCAAGUUUAAAGCCUGCUGUGGGGAUGACAUUCGACACCCUUGCUGAUGUGGAGAAAUUUUAUAAAGAUUAUGCACAUGAUCAUGCAGGGUUCUCAGUUCGUAUUGGACAACACAGGAAGGAGGAUAAGGAAAUACUAACAAAAUAUUUUUAUUGUUCAAGGGAAGGUUACAGAAAAAACAAUGAUAAAAAAGAUGAUGAUCAAUCAGGGUUGAAGGGAAAAAAGAGGAAGACACGUAAUGUGAUGGAAACAAGGUGUGGUUGCCAGGCCCAUAUUUAUGUAACUCGUGGUCCUGAUAAGAAAUACAAGAUAGCCUCAAUGGUUGAGCAGCACAACCAUGGUGUUGUGUCACCGAAUCAUCGUCAUUUGCUCCGUUCCAACCGGCAUGUUACCGACAGGGUAAAAGGUACUUUGUUCAAUUGCCAUAAAGCUAGCAUUGGUACAUCUCUUGCAUAUAGAUUUCUUCAUGUUAGUGAUGGAGGGUUUCAGAAUGUUGGUUGUACACUAAGGGAGCAAAACUAUUACCGAGACCUUAGAACUAAAAUCAAGGAUGCAGAUGCUCAGAUGUUUGUAUCACAACUUGAGCGAAAGAAGGAAGUCAAUUCUGCCUUUUUCUAUAACUUUGAGGUAGAUGAGCAGGGAAGGCUAAUGCGCGUCUUUUGGGUUGAUGCAACAAGCAGAAAAAAUUAUAUUGUUUUUGGUGACGCGAUUUCUGUUGAUGCAACAUAUACUACUAACCAAUAUAACAUGAAAUUUGUACCAUUUACUGGAUUCAAUCAUCACAUGCAGUGUGUUUUCCUAGGUGCAGCGUUCUUGGCUAAUGAAAAGAUUGAUUCAUAUGUAUGGUUAUUUAAGACCUUUCUUGAAGCUAUGGGUGGACGAGCACCUCAUUUAAUCGUAACUGAUGAAUGUGCAAGUAUGAAGGCUGCUAUUGGUCAGAUUUUGCCGGAAACAACUCAUAGACUUUGUAUGUGGCAUAUUAUGGAAAAGGUGCAUGAAAAUAUCAGUCCAUCUUUAAGGGCGGAUGAAGAUUUUUGGAAUAAACUGCAUACGUGUGUAUGGGACUCUGAAACUAUAGAAGAAUUUGAGUCACGGUGGAAUUCUAUGAUUGUUGAGUUUCAGCUUGUAGGUAACAAAUGGUUUGGCACCAGAUUUCUCAUUCGUGAAUCAUGGAUUCCAGUAUACUUUAUAGACAUACCUCUUGCUGGGAUUCUUAGGACCACAUCUCGCUCAGAGAGUGCAAACUCAUUUUUCAAUCGAUUCAUUCAUCAAAAAUUGUCAUUUGUUGAAUUUUGGCUAAGAUUUGACACAGCUUUGGAGUACCAACGUCAAGAAGAGUUGAAACAGGACCACAAAAGCCUACAUACUACUCCUAAAUUGAUGACCCCAUGGGCCAUGGAGAAGCAGUGUAGUAUGAUAUAUACACAUGAAAUUUUUGAUAAAUUUCAGAAACAAAUAGUAGCCUCUAGAGACCAUUGUUUUAUCCAAGGAAUAAUAGAACGUGAUGAGAUAAAACUUGUGACCAUUGGAAGCACAUCUAAAAAGGAGCGAUUGGUUCAUUUCAACAAGUCAGGUAUGAUUGGAAGGUGCACGUGUAAAUUAUUUGAGUCUCAUGGCAUUCCGUGCUGACAUAUCAUACAAGUUCUUAGAUCUGAAAAACUGAUCGAGUUACCAGAGUAUUAUAUCAUGAAAAGAUGGGAGAAAAGGUGUAAAAGGACUGUAAUAUUUGACGAUGAAGGUAACCUACUAGAAGAUGUCCCUGCUGAUCCUGUUGAGGUGGGACUGAGGCAAAAAGUUUCAGAUGCGCGCAACAAGUUUGAAGAUCUUAUCCAAAAGGCCAAAAGCUCUGAUGAAGGAAUGGAUUUUUUAACAUCCAGCUUGUCAAAUCUAGAAGCACCUCUUCAAAAGAUGGUGCCCUCUGUUAGCAAUACUAAGCAGGACAAAUUUGAGUCUUUCAUUGGUACAAAAAUCCCUAGUGAUGUUACCAUACACCCACCUAACGACCUCAAGUCAAAGGGGAGGUGCAAAAGAAUCAAGAAAAGCAAAGAGAUAAGCAAGGGUAGAGCUACUCGUACAUGCAGCAAGUGUAAGCAAACAGGGCAACAUGAUGCGCGUAAUUGCCCAAAUAAGUCAGAGCAAACAUAAAUUUUGAUAUACUGCUUUGAGUCUCAGAAACAUGCAAGGCAUUAUGCCUCCUUGAAUUUUUUAUAUUACAGUUUCAGCUGUCAAA